AAAUGGAUGAAAAACAUUGCAUUUGUUUCACGAUUUAAACCACAAUUUGAUCCCAAUUUGCGCUCAUUUACCACCAAUUGUCUCGUUGUCUGCGGUUGUGGUCACCAGUUGUCUCCCAUUGAGACCAAAUGGCGGACGUGUUAGACAUUCUCGAGUUGGACCACCCGUCCAACGAUGGCCUGCCGGCCGACAACCGGAAGGUGCGGAGGAAGCGAGCGUCGGAUCAGCUGUUCAAACGACCCGAAGGAAUGCACAGAGAGUUAUAUGCCUUACUAUAUGCGGACAAUAAGGACAACCCAUCGCUGAUCCCCACAGACAUCGGCUUUUUAUAUGCCUUACUAUAUGCGGACAAUAAGGACAACCCAUCGCUGAUCCCCACAGACAUCGGCUUUCAGAACAAAUCGAUGGUUGGAUACAAACAAAUCAAAGCCAAACUCGGACUCAAGAGAGUGCGGCCAUGGAUUUGGACCCGAUUUAGUCCCAAGGAGAAGAUAGAGUUAUAUCACUGGCGGCGAGAAGUGGACAAAAACAAAGAGUAUCCGUUCGCUCGACUCAAUACCGUGAUCGAAAUCCCUGUCUAUAACGACACGGAAUACCAGCAGUUGUUGUCGAGUGAUGUGUGGAGUAAAGCGGAAACCGACCAUCUCUUCGAUCUGUGCCGUCGUUUUGACCAGAGAUUCGUUAUAAUCCACGACCGCUGGGAUAGGAAUACAUUCGCCAUCCGUUCCGUCGAAGACCUCAAAGACCGCUUCUACAGUGUGUGCAACGCGUUGGCCAAAGUGCGGGCCCUCCCG